CCCCAGGUGUAGGCUCUUCAAACUCCUUAUUGACACUGCAAUUUAACAUUAACGACUACACAAAUACUCUCGUUACUCAAGAUUACAUACACACAGCCAAACAAAAAACGUGCGAAACUAAACGGCUCACGUUACACUCCGGUGGCGCGCGGCCUGUUUUAUUGGCACUUGUCGUUCAGAAGCCAUUUGGAGAACAUCAACAUAAUGAACGGUGCCAGGACACGUAUUUCGGUGCAGACGCUCGCGAACAGCGCGGAUAAGAGUGCGCCUUUGUUCGUUUAAAAUGUGAAACGAUCGAGCGUAGAAAAAAAGAAAAAGAUAAUUCACGAUUUCACCUGUCAUCAGAUGCCUGUCAGUUUACAGCGACGGAAAAACCGACUAACUAACUAGCUUUCAGCGACGAUCGCUAUGCGCUAUGCUCGAUCAACCAUAGGUCAAGAUCGCCGGAGUUAUCGGCCGAGAAGAGGGUUAAAAUAAUAAUCUAGUACGAGCUGAAAGUGUUCUAAUUGAGGCGGCGGAGACCUUAACGGGACGAAAAUAGAGUGAAUCGGCUCUCUAACGUAUCUGCGUUGCGAUAAGACCGGCGGCAAAACAACAAUAAGGGUGGUGAAAGUAAAUUCGCCGCCGUUGAAACGGUAUCGAUUCGCGCGUGUGUUUAUCGGUUGCGUGUCGCGGCGUUCUAUCCUGCCGAGACCGAUCGCCGACUGUCAGGCUCGGCCGACGUAGGCUUUCGUAAACAUAACAACGUGCACGCGUGUGUUCGGCAUCGUCGCGUCGUAUCGCGGAGCAAACGGACGGAACCGGACGGAAAGAACAACAAUUGAAGGAAAACUGUUUAGUCGGCCACUCGAUAGCGAAUAACGACGCGGACGGAAAAAGGGAGCAUGCGAAAACGAUGGAACCCGAAGAAACCACUCGUCUUUUCUGUGGCAAACACGUCCACGAGGCCAUUAGGAUCAACGCGUGCAAACAAAAGCAAUGGGGCACAGAAUCGAUGAGGAACGAUUUCCCGAUCUACACUGUCGAUCCCGCAUGGAUGAACGUUCGCCUGUUCGUGUUCUGGUUUUUAUGGGCCAUGUUGAUAAUAGUACUUGUCGCGUCGGUUUUAUCUUACUGCUAUCUCACGCCGCAGAAGGGCACAACGACGACCGACGAGAUAUUUAUUUUGAACACUACGAACACGUAACUGUUCCAGACAUCGAAACGGCACGGAAUACCAAGCGAUUCUAUGCUAUCCGUAAUCUUAGCAAACAAUUCUACACGUUAAAGGUGUUUGUGUUUAGGACGAUAAUGUUCGUCCGUGUGCUAUCAGCACGGUAGAAGAUAAGGCACCAGCUCUUAUGUCGCGUCGAACAACGAGCCACGCGAAUAAGAACAUGUAAUCGUAGUAGUCAUGUAAUCCUAGGCUAUCGUAAGACGUUAUAUGUUUAUAAGCGGCUACAACAUAAUACACAGAUUAUGUAAAAUUAAAUAGUAUAUGUAUAGUAUAAUAUAAUAGUAUAUAAUAGUA